AUGGCCACCCCAUACCCCAAGAAGAAGUGCGGUGUUCUCGGUGCCACCGGCUCUGUCGGUCAGCGUUUCAUUCUCCUGCUUGCCGACCACCCCUUCCUCGAACUGCAUGCCCUUGGUGCCUCGGAGCGCUCCGCAGGCAAGAAGUACAAAGAUGCCGUGCGGUGGAAGCAGUCAUCUCCCAUGUCAGAGAAGCUCAGCAACCUCGUUGUGCGCGACUGCAGAGCCAAGGACUUUGCGGACUGUGACCUUGUCUUCUCUGGUUUGAACAGUGACAUCGCCGGCGAGACUGAGAUGGAAUUCAUGAAGGCUGAGAUCCCCGUCUUCUCCAACGCAAAGAACUACCGCAAGGAUCCCAUCGUUCCCCUUGUCGUCCCCACCGUGAACCCCGACCACAUGGACCUGAUCCCGCACCAGCGCAAGCACUUCGGCCUCAAGAAGGGAUUCCUGAUCUGCAACUCAAACUGCGCCGUCAUUGGCGUUGUCAUUCCUUUCGCUGCCCUGCAGGCCAAGUUCGGCCUUGUCGAGGAGGUAGAGGUUUUCACCGAGCAGGCUACUUCCGGAGCUGGCUACCCCGGUGUGCCCAGCAUGGAUAUUAUCGACAACGUCAUUCCCUACAUCAGCGGCGAGGAGGAUAAACUAGAGAACGAGGCUCAAAAGAUUCUGGGUGGCCUGAACGCCGAGUCCACUGGGUUUGACGAGCAGGCUGGACUCCGCAUUGGCGCCACCUGCACUCGCGUUGGUGUCACUGACGGCCACAUGGCAUUCGUAUCUCUGCGUUUCAAAAACCGUGAAACUAUUCCCAGCGCGGAGCAGGUCGUGCAGGCUCUGCGUGACUACAAGUCUGAGGCCCAGAAACUUGGUGCACCUUCCGCGCCUGCCGACGCGAUCAAGGUGUUUGAUGAGCCCGAUCGCCCGCAGCCCCGCCUGGACCGUGACAUCUCCGGCGGAUACACUGUUAGCGUUGGACGCGUUCGCGAGGGAGCAAAGGGCGGUUUCUUCGACAUCCGAUUUGCUGCUCUCUCUCACAACACAGUUAUCGGCGCUGCUGGAUCAUCGAUCCUGAACGCCGAGGUGGCUGUCAUUAAAGGUUACAUCUAA